CUAUCGAUUAGGAUCAACGAGAAGAUAAUGAGCAAAAUUAGUACGGCUGCUACCUCAGCCAUAUAAACAACGUUUUAAAUUUUAUACCAUCCUUUUAUAUCCAAUUUUCAUUUUUAUACAACUUGUCGAAACCUCCAUUAACAGAAUCAAAAACGUGCCUCUUGAAACAAAGUAACAACAAAACUCACCAACAUGUGGACGACAAGGACUAUGCCGUCCCAUAUCCAGUCUUAUCAGAUUGAGUCACAACAUUUAGAUUCUAAAGGGGCACCUUUACUUCGCAGCAAUCGAUCUCUUCUCUUCCACGCAUAUACAAUUUAUCUUUUCUUUUAUUCAGAUAUCACAACAGUGAUGAUGCCAGGCAUGACAUUUGCUAUCUUGGGCUCUCUCACAAAUUCGAUUUUAACAGUCGACCCUCUACCUAUUUCUACUGUAAUCCACAACUCUCCCCGAGCACUGAUAUGGUUAUGGGCAGUACUUAUGGUAUUUGACAUCAACAAUCAAAACUCUCCCGAGUCUAUUGAAGAAGAUCGGAUCAACAAGCCUUCUCGACCCAUUGCAUCCGGUCGUAUUCAUCCUACUGAAGCAUCCUGGCUCUUGCAAGCCAUGAUCGUGCUGAGCUUGAUAAUCGGCUAUGUCACCGGAGCCCUGCAGGAGACUGUAGCACUGUUUGUCUUAUACUGGGCGUACGAUAACCAGGGCGGUAAUGAGAACUGGUUUAUGCGCAAUCUUCUCGCCGCUGGCGGCUACAUAUUUUACGCGCUCGGUAGUCUCACUAUUGUUUCCAAUCAGACUGAUACCCGGGAUGCUCGUCUGUGGAUGUUGGUUUUUGGUCUUAUGAUUCUCACCACCAUCCACGCCCAAGACUUCCGUGAUAUGGACGGUGAUGCACUCAAGGGGCGUACCACAAUACCCCUAAUAAUGGGUCCCAAAUUCAGCCGCUGGACACUUGCUUGCAGCUUGAUUUUCUGGUCUGUAUUCUGCCCAUUUUGCUUACACUUGCCCUUGUAUGCAUAUUUUCUGACACUCGGGCUGGGUGGUUUUACUGGUUUGAGAUUCGUGACUAAGACCGACAAUGCUUCCGAUAAAAGCUCUUUCCAUCUAUACUGUAUCUGGGUGUCAAUCAUGUUGCAGCUUCCAGCCAUGAAGCUUCUAUAAUCCAUGUGAUGAUAAUCUCCAAGAGAUGGUCAUGCUCACAUUGUUCAUUGUUGUCCGUUUCUCUUCAUCUUGAGUUGAUAUUUUCU